AUGGAGGAGGAGAGCUUUCGUCAGAUCCUGUCGCAUGAGACGGAGAUCGAAGCCGAGCUGCUCUUCGACUACAAGUUCCCUCCCCCCAAGAGGGUCGGCAUGCUCAAGUGGAGGCCGUCAGACGCGUACCUGGAGACAGGAUGGGAGGACGAGCCCCCUCAGUUGCGCGAGCAGACGGCAAGAACGCUCAAGUUCAUGCUAGCAGGGAUAACGGCGGGAGCUGUGAGCCGAACCAUGACGGCGCCGCUGGACCGAGUGAAGAUCCUCAUGCAGGCAGGAGAAGAGGAGGGGAGGCAGGAUUGUGAUGACAUCGCUUGA